ACGUGACAUCCCGUCGGUAACGCAAGAUGGCGGCGCCCAUGUUGCUGCCCGAGUCCCCUCUGGGGAAGCUGAGCCACCAGAAAUACAGAGCCAUUCUGAAGAAAGAAAAGCGGAAAAAAAAGCGGCAGGCGCUUGCCAAACUGAGAGACUCAGAAGCUACAGAAAAAGAUGAAUCGGUGUCUGAGGAGGAAGAGGAGGAGCUUGACGAAGAGGAAGAUGAGGAAGAGGAAAAGAAACUUGAGGCAGAAAGACAAAAACUACACGAGCAGUGGUUGCUGAGAGAAGAAAAGGCUCAAGAAGAGUUCAAGCUUAAGAAAGAAAAAGAAGAGGCUGCAAGAAAACGUCAAGAGGAAGAAGAGAGAAAGAUCAAAGAAGAAUGGGAAGAGCAGCAAAGAAAAGAGAGAGAAGUGGCACAGCAGAAACAACAGGAGAAGAGAGAAAGAGAGGCGGCUGUGCAGAAGAUGCUGGAUCAAGCUGAAAGCCAGCUGGAGAAUGGUGUGACCUGGCAUAACCCAGAGCCUCCAGAGAACAUAGGAACAGAGAAGGAUAGAGCAAAUUGCCCAUUCUAUAUCAAAACAGGUUCCUGCCGAUUUGGAGACAGGUGUUCCCGCAAGCAUAACUAUCCAACGUCCAGUAAGACACUGCUUGUCCGAGGGAUGUUCAUUACUUUUGGCAUGGAGCAGUGUCGAAGGGAUGACUACGACACCGAUGCAAGUCUCGAGUACAGUGACGAGGAGACCUACCAGCAGUUCCUGGAGUUCUACGAGGACGUGCUCCCUGAGUUUCAGAAUGUGGGGAAGGUUGUUCAAUUCAAGGUCAGCUGCAACUAUGAGCCUCACCUACGAGGAAAUGUGUAUGUCCAGUAUCAGACGGAAAAGGACUGUCAGGCAGCUCUUGCUCUAUUCAGUGGCCGAUGGUACGCAGGCCGGCAGCUUCACUGUGAAUUUUGUCCUGUGACAAGAUGGAAGACUGCUAUUUGUGGCUUAUUUGAAAGGCAGAAGUGUCCAAGAGGGAAACACUGCAACUUUCUUCAUGUAUUCAAAAAUCCAAACAAUGAGUUCUGGGAGGCCAAUAGAGACAUACGCGUUUCUCCGGAACGGACUAAUCAGUUGUCUAAAAACUCUGAAAGGAGAAACAGAUCGAGCCAUCGUGAUGACUAUUAUGGCCGGUCAAGGAGAAGGAGCAGCCCAAGCCCAGAUCAUUCUUACCGGAGAAAUGGGGAAUCUGAGAGAAAAAAGAAUCGCCGCAAAAACAAGAGGAGGCGCCGGUCUGGCAGGUCGAGAAGUCGAGAAAGGAGGAGGUCACGCAGCAGAGGGAGAAAGAGGAGAGGACGCAGUCGCAGCAGAAGUUACAGUCGAACACGCAGUCGGAGCAGAAGUCGGAGUUCCUCUCGAUCCAGGAGUAGGGGCAAAAAGAGGUCAAGCAGCAGAGGAAGAAACAGUGAAACUCCCAAAACAAAGUGAGAAAUAAGUUUAGAAAUUGCUAAUUGAUCCAAUGUAGAGCUGACAAAGAAACCUUUCCGAUAGGGCACCAGAUACGUUUGAGUCGCAAAUAAAGUGUUCUUGCACAUUAAAACGAUUCUUCCUAAUAAAGGACCCUAGUUUACUGUGUGCUAAGCUUCAGAAAAUUAAAAGUCCUAUAUGAGGUGUAAAUGUCAAGUACUCUAGCUACUCUGUCCCUCUGAACUACUGCAACGUUUGGAUGCAUCCUGAGUACAAAAUAGAAAGAAGUAAAGCUUUUUUGGUAUAUGCUUA